CAGCAGCGCCAUUCUAUUUCUUGGAACCCAACCACUACCAGUGCAAAACAUCACUCCGUAAUUUGGAAUGAAAUAACUCCCUUCAAUUCAAUUUUACGUUUUUAUAGCUUUCAAAAAUUAUAACCAUCACCAUCAUCAGCAAAAUUACGUAUAGUCAAAUUAAAGCAGGAGCAGCAGACGGCAGCAAAUAAGCAGUUUGUAAGUUUGUGUUUUAUAGUUACUGGCAGUAAAUUACUGUUAGUUAUUAUUGAGCACCAGACACUUGGUUGACAAGUGGAUCAUCGAAACAAGCUGUGAUUGGAUGGCGUCGUCGAGUAGCAGAGCAGAUCCCAGUGGGAUAUUUUGCAAGGAACAUCCUGACGCUCCAUUAAUUGAAGACUAUCGUGCUGGUGAUCAGAUAUGUUCAGUUUGUGGCCUUGUGGUUGGUGACAGAGUUAUCGACGUGGGGUCAGAAUGGAGAACGUUCAGCAAUGAGAAGGCUAAUGCGGACCCUUCUCGAGUCGGAGGGCCUGAAAACCCACUUCUAAAUGGAUCGGAUCUUACCACAAUUAUUGGAGGUGGUCGCGGGGAGGCUGCGUUUGAUGAGUUUGGAGGAGCUAAAUAUGCAAAUCGUCGAAACAUUAGUAGUUCAGAUCGAGCACUGAUGAACGCUUUCCGGGAAAUCAGUCAAAUGGCGGAGCGAAUCAAUUUACCACGAACCAUCAUUGACCGAGCUAACAACUUGUUCCGGAUGGUUCAUGAUGGAAAAAAUCUCAAGGGGCGUUCGAACGAUGCAAUUGCGUCUGCAUGUCUGUAUAUUGCUUGCCGGCAAGAAGGUGUUCCUAGGACUUUCAAAGAGAUCUGUGCCGUGUCAAAGAUUUCAAAAAAAGAAAUUGGACGAUGUUUCAAAUUGAUUCUAAAGGCUCUUGACACUUCCGUUGAGUUGAUCACUACUGGGGAUUUCAUGUCCAGAUUCUGUUCAAAUCUCGGUCUUCCAAAUGCAGUUCAAAAGGCCGCCACUUCCAUAGCUCGCGCUGCCGUCGAUAUGGAUAUUGUCCCAGGUCGUUCGCCAAUUUCUGUUGCUGCGGCCGCAAUCUACAUGGCCUCUCAGGCGUCUGAGGUAAAACGCUCACAAAAAGAGAUUGGGGACGUCGCUGGCGUGGCAGAUGUUACCAUCCGACAAUCGUACAAGCUAAUGUACCCCCGUGCAGAAGAACUAUUUCCAAAGGAUUUCAAAUUCUUCACACCUAUCGAUCAACUACCUUUGGCGUAAUUUAAGAAAAUAUUACCCUCAUAUCUGCCCACCACUUUUCUACUUGACAAAAACGACAGCCGAGCAAUCAAAAUCGAGAAUGGAACUAGUUUUAUUUUACAUUUUCUACCGUUUCGCCUACAAUUCUAUCAUUAGUUAAAAAAUUACAAAGGUUUAGCACUUUGAUUUUGCGUAAACACAAGAAUGAAAACUAUGCAAGUAUACUAAAUAUUAACCAAUAAUGUUCCUUUUACAUGAUAUUUCCCUUAGCAGUAGAUUCUUGUAAAAGCUACUCGUUUUUCUCAGCUAUUUUUUCAUAUCGCGUACGUACACAUAAUUUUCGAGAGUCGUAUUUCAAAUCAUUUCAACCUUUCAAUAUGCGUACAUAUUUACACAUGUCCUCAUGUCAGUCACGUAGUUUUAUUAUUCACUAUUUGUUUUAGUUUUUUCAUAUUCUGAAAUUGUACGUUUUAUUUUAUGACGUUUUCAGGUUGAAAUAUGUGUACAUAUUUUUUUCACUUACAUAUUAUGAAACUUGUGUGGUUUUCAUUGAAUACGGGAAUAGCGAUAAAUGUUAUCUCCACCCACUCAACCAACCCAGUGCACUUUAUUGUGUAAUAACAAGUCCAAGUCACAGAUUCUGAUUAUUAUUUUAUUUGCAAUGUAUGUACGUAUAAAUAUGGCAUUAUGGCAAAAAUGUAAGGAUUUCAAAUAAAAUAUUUACUAUGAAA